AGGACCCGCGGAGAUCAAGGCCGGCUUCCGCCACUGUCCUGUCCCGCCCGAGGUCUGCGUUCACGCAGGACAGCAGGACAGCGUCUCCGAGAGCUCUGGCCGCGCCCACCUGCCGCCGGGUUCUUCUGCCGUCCCAAUUUCCCUUGGACCAGGUCUUUCCGCGGGAGCCCCGGGGACCUGGCCGGUACUGAGGUCCUUGGGGACACCUGGGGCGCGGAGGGACCCCGCCCUGAUUCAUGAGACAGGAAACCCCAUCCUUCUGGGCAGAAUGGGGCAGCUGGAGGGGGUCGAUUGGACAGUUAUCAUCCUGACUUGCCAGUAUAAGGACAGUGUCCAGGCCUUUCAGAGAGAGCUCGAGGUGCGGCAGAAGCGGGAGCAGAUCCCCACCGGGACACUCUUACUGGCUGUUGAGGACCCUGAAGUGCGUGUGGGCAGUGGAGGAGCCACCCUCAACGCGCUGCUGGUGGCUGCUGAACACCUGAGUGCCCGUGCAGGCUUCACUGUGGUCACAUCUGAUGUCCUGCACUCUGCCUGGAUCCUUAUCCUGCACAUGGGCCGAGACUUUCCCUUUGAUGACUGUGGCCGGGCCUUUACCUGCCUCCCUGUAGAGAACCCCCAGGCCCCUGUGGAGGCCUUGGUCUGCAACCUGGACUGCUUACUGGAUGUGAUGACCCACCGGCUGGGCCCAGGCUCCCCUCCAGGCAUGUGGGUCUGCAGCACCGACAUGCUGCUGUCUGUUCCUGCAAACCCUGGGAUCAACUGGAACGGCUUCCGGGGAGCCAGAGUGAUUGCCCUUCCUGGGAGCCCAGCCUACGCACUGAAUCAUGGCAUCUACCUCACAGACUCCCAGGGCUUCGUUUUGGACAUUUACUACCAAGGCACUGAAGCAGAGAUACAGCGGUGUGUCGGACCUGAUGGGCAGGUGCCACUGGUCUCCGGGGUUGUCUUCUUCUCUGUGGAGACUGCCGAGCACCUCCUGGCCACCCAUGUGAGCCCACCUCUGGAUGCCUGCACCUAUAUGGGCCUGGACUCUGGAGCCCGGCCUGUCCAGCUGUCUCUGUUUUUCGACAUCCUGCUCUGCAUGGCGCGGAACACAAGCAGAGAGGUCUUCCUGGCUGGGCGGCCCCCAGAGAUGGGGCAAGGUGACAUGGAUGUAGCAGGUUAUUUGCAGGGUGCCCGGGCCCAGUUGUGGAGGGAGCUUCGAGAUCAGCCGCUCACCAUGGCGUAUGUCCCUGACGGCAGCUACAGCUACAUGACCUCCUCAGCCAGUGAGUUCCUGCACAACUUCACGCUGCCAGGGGUCCCCAGGGUGCAGAUCAUCCACUCCCAGGUGGAGGAGCAGCAGCUCCUGGAGACUGGGAGCUCUGUGGUCGGUUGCCUGCUGGAGGGUGCCGUCCACCUGGGGCCAGGGAGUGUCAUACAACACUGCCACCUGCAGGGCCCCAUUCAUAUCGGCUCUGGCUGCUUCGUGAGUAACCUAGACACAGCUCAGUCUGAGGCGCUGCGUGGCCUGGAGCUGCAAGAUCUUGUCCUGCAGGGACACCAUGUGCAGCUGCCUGGCUCUCUGGGCCGUGCCUUCACCCUCGUUGGUCGUCUGGACACCUGGGAAAGACAGGGGGCAGGCACAUAUCUCAACAUGUCCUGGAGUGAAUUCUUCAAGAAGACUGGCAUCCGAGACUGGGACCUGUGGGACCCAGACACGUCCCCCACAGAGCGUCACCUUCUCAACGCCCGCCUCUUUCCUGUGCUCCACCCGUCGAGGGCCCCAGGGCCCCAGGACAUGCUGUGGAUGCUGGACCCCCGGGAGGAUGGAGGCAGGGCUUUGCGGGCCUGGCGAGCCUCCUGGCGCCUAUCCUGGGAGCAGCUGCAGCCCCACCUGGACCGGGCUGCCACACUGGCCUCCCGCCGGGGCCUGUUCUUCCUGCAGGCCGUGCAGAAGGCGAGGCAUGUGUUGGAAACCCGGCAGGACCUUAGCCUGCGCCCCUUGAUCUGGGCUGCUGUCCACGAGGGCUGUCCUGGGCCCCUGCUGGCCAUGCUGGACCAGGUUGCAGCGGGGGCCAGAGACCCUGGUGUGGCAGCUCGGGCUCUGGCCUGUGUGGCAGACGUACUGGGCUGCAUGGCAGAGGGCCAGGGAGGCUUACGGAGCGGGCCAGCUGCCAACCCUGAGUGGGUGCGGCCCUUCUCAUUCCUGGAGUGUGGAGACCUAGCAGGGGGCGUGAAGGCACUUGCCCAGGAGAGGGACAAGUGGCUGAGCAGGCCAGCCUUGCUGGUGCGAGCUGCUCGCCACUAUGAGGGAGCUGGGCAGAUCCUGAUCCGCCAGGCUGUGAUGACAGCCCAGCACUUUGUUUCCACGGAGCCGGUACAGUUUCCGGCACCUGGGCAGUGGGUGGUGGCCGAGUGUCCAGCCCGUGUGGAUUUCUCUGGGGGCUGGAGUGACACACCACCUCUUGCCUAUGAGCUUGGUGGGGCAGUGCUGGGCCUGGCUGUGCGAGUGGAUGGCCGCCGGCCCAUCGGGGCCAGGGCACGCUGUAUCCUGGAGCCUGAGCUGUGGCUGGCGGUGGGGUCUCGGCAGGAUGAGAAGGCCCUGAAGAUAGUGUGCCGGAGUCUGGAGGACCUGCAGGAUUACUGCCAGCCCCAUGCAUCAGGGGCCCUGCUGAAGGCGGCCUUUAUCUGUUCGGGGAUUGUAGACGUCCGUUCUGAGCUCCCGCUGCGCCAACAGCUGCUGCAGACCUUUGGGGGUGGCUUUGAGCUGCACACGUGGUCUGAGCUCCCCCAUGGCUCCGGUCUUGGGACUAGCAGCAUCCUGGCUGGUGCUGCCCUGGCUGCUGUGCAGCGGGCUGCAGGCUGGGCUAUGAGCACAGAGGCCCUGAUCCAUGCAGUGCUGCACCUGGAACAGGUGCUCACCACAGGAGGUGGCUGGCAGGACCAGGUGGGUGGCCUGAUGCCUGGCAUCAAGGUGGGGCGCUCCCGGGCCCAGCUUCCACUGAAGGUGGAGGUGGAAGAGAUCACUGUGCCUGAAGGCUUUGUCCAGAAGCUCAAUGAGCACCUGCUCCUGGUGUACACUGGCAAGACCCGUCUGGCACGGAAUUUGCUGCAGGAUGUGCUAAGGAGCUGGUAUGCCCGGCUGCCUGUCGUGGUGCACAGUGCUCAUAGCCUGGUGCGGCAGACUGAGGAGUGCACUGAAGCCUUCCGCCAAGGAAGCCUGCCUCUCCUGGGCCUGUACCUGACCUCGUACUGGGAGCAGAAGAAGCUCAUGGCUCCAGGUUGUGAGCCCCUGGCUGUGCGGCGGAUGAUGGAUGUCCUGGCUCCCUAUGUGCAUGGCCAGAGCCUGGCAGGAGCAGGUGGCGGGGGCUUUCUCUAUCUGUUGACUAAGGAACCACGGCAAAAGGAAGUUGUGGAGGCUGUGCUGGCCAAGACUGAGGGCCUUGGCAACUACAGCAUCCAUCUGGUGGAAGUGGACAUUCAGGGCCUGAGCCUGCGGCUGGUGGGGAGUGAGAGCUCCACCUGAUGCCCAGCGCCAUGGGGCCGGGCCCUCUGAGUAGGCAACACCAGGUCUACAGCUACCAUGCCUUUUGUUCCCUUGUGGGAGCUCUCAGCCUGAACUCCCCACUCAUCUCUUUGAAUCUGCCCCACAGAAAGCAAGACUUAGGCAAGGGAGGCAGUUUGGGGACAGGACUGUACCUCCUGGUGACAACGGCUGAGGCUUGGCCUUUGUUACAUCUGGACUAGGACUCAAAGCUCAUUGUCCCCCGUGUCCUUUACACAUUGUGUGGCCCAGUACAGCCUUGGCCUUCUCUGUCCACCAGGGUCCUGGGAGGAGGGGAUGACAACCAGGCAUAGCAGAUGUCUGGGGUCCCUUGGUAAGGCUACCCUAGAGGGCCUUUGAAGCAUUUCCUGUGGCCUGGUUAAGGUUGUAGACUAUGUUCAAGACUCCACCGCCCUCCUGGAGAAGUGGGGUGAGGUCUGUGGCACUGAGCAGGUGUGGUCCUACAAGUCCCUGCCAACCCAGGCCUUAGCAACAAUACAGACAGUGCCAAGUGAGCAGUGCUUGUGGGCAAAGGGCUCUCAAGACUGACAUUCUUGGAAUAAAUUCACUUUGCUCUGCAA